GUGAGGUGCCAGUGGCCUGCUUCGGAGCAGUCAAGGGGAAUUUAAUUCUGCGUGCACAUGAGUGCGCAGUUGUUUAGGUCAGGUGCAUUUAUUAAUGGUCUCUUGUGUUAUAUUUUGUGUUUGUGUGCGCGCGCGCGUGUACAUGAAAGUGUGCGUGUGUGUUUCUGUUUGCAAAAGCUUUAAGGAUUUUUUGUUCUAGUUUAUUCUCAGUGUUCGGUGUUGGAUUAUUUCCUAUGUCAAAACUUAAUGGACUACCAAAAUAAUUUUCAUUAAUAUUUAUAUAAAAUAAACUGAGCCUAUGCCAAAGCGUACCAAUUGUGUCACUACCUGAAAAUGGACUUCUCUAUUAAGUGUAGCCAUGGUCAACUUAAAGUACCUCAACGCUUGACAGUUUGUUAAAAAAAAAAAAGUUUCUAAGUGUUUCUCUAGACAUGAUGAUCAAUUUCCUUGUCCAGAUGUUGUUGACCGUAUGUUUAGUUGGACAGCAUUGCGUUCUCUCUGAAGACAAAACCAGCCUGCCACCGUUUAAUCACAGAAAACAGGAAAUCAAAUCUGUCAUCCAAAACAAUAGAACCAAAAGUCAGCAGACAGACGAAGGAUUCAAUCUCCUCUUUCAAAGCAACACUGAAGAGUUACUUGACGUGCCAGUUGCCUUUGAAAAUCCUUUGCCAGAAUGGCUGACUGGAAAUCUUGUGCGCAACGGCCUCGGAAUGUUUGAGAUUGGACCUCGAACCUUUCUUCACGCUUUUGACGGAUUCGCCAAACUCGCAAGUUGGAAAUUUUCAGGGAAUUCCACGGUGCUGUUUUCUACAAAGUUCAUCAAGUCUGAUUUCUACAGAGCGUCAAAGAAAGCCAAGACAAUAGCGCCGUAUCUUUUGUUUCAGUCUGUGGAACCGGCUUUUAGUUGGUUGGAAAGACUGCAGUGUCUAAUGAGAGGUUUGGACAACAUGAAUGUCAACAUUCUCUCCUUUCGCAAUGCCAAAAACGGCCAACCGGAAUACGCAGCACUCAGCGACUUUUGGUUGGUCUACAAAAUUGGAUUAGAGAAUCUGACUACAGAGUAUAAAGUCAGUCCAAAGUUUAUUAGCAGAAAUGGAAACAAGUGGCUGAGUGGUAAAGCCUUCUUGGACUUGCUUUCAUCGGCACAUCCGUUACCAGAGCCAGGAACCCAAAACUACUUAACAUUUUUAUCCAGCGUGUCGAUGCUGCCUUUGACAAAGAGCAUCAUCAGUUUGGUACGGAUUAACUCCUUGAAAAGAAGAAGUGUUGUCGCAAAGUGGGAGGUGGAUAGAGUUCCGUACAUGCAUUCCUUCUCCGUGACCAAGACCAAAGCGAUCCUCUUGGCCAGCCCGUUCUACGUGAAUGUCUUCUGCAUGGCAAGGAAAGCAGAGCCGUUUUCCUGCCUCGAUUGGUAUCCAGAGGAGAAUGGCACUCUCUACGUCAUUAACUUGAAGUCUGGCAAAGUGAGAACCAUUUCAAUCCAGAAUGUUUUCUCUAUGCAUCAUGUGAAUGCGUAUGAUAUCAAUAACCGAAAAAUCAUAAUGGAUCUAUCCACGUAUACGUCACCUAACUUUGUACGCUUCCUUCAGCUAAAAGUCCUGAGGGAUCCUGUGGAGAGAAACUCGUUUGACGCUCAUGCCCGUUUAAGGCGAUUUUACAUCGAUUUAAAAAGGCUGCAAGUACAUGAGAUAGACUUACCUCCCUUUCCAGUGCAAAGCUUAGCGUCCAAGCUGGAUAUGCCGGUGAUCAAUGAAAGUUUCCGGUCUAAGAAAUACUGUUUUGUUUACGGGCUGGUCUUGAAGACAGACAACGUGAGCCUUACCAACAUUGCAAUUGUGAAGAAAGAUCUGUGCAACAAUGGAACAGGCGACAUAGCCUGGCAGCAGCCAGGUCACUACCCCGUGGAACCUUGGUUUGUUCCAAGACCAGGUGGGACUUCUGAAGAUGACGGUUUGUUGCUGGUUCCAGUUUUGGACGGACAAAAACGUCAGAGCUAUUUAGCAAUACUGGAUGCCAUUUCUUUAAGACUAAUCAAUCGGGCUUACACGCCUACACAUAUACCAUACUCUCUUCACGGGCGUUUCUUUGCUAAUGAGUUGGAAGUCUGAAAUGAGAUGUAAUACUCUCUAAGCCCAUUGUUUUCUUUGUUAUGCAUUUACAAAAACCCCAGUGAUUUGUAUAAGAAUUAUUAAUGAACAGCGUCAAUAAUAACAAUACGGCCACGCUCCGAAGGUGAAGGAAUUAGCCAUUGGCGUAGCUAGCGUGGGGGGAGGAGGGUUCCGAUUGGAAAAUCCUCUCGGGCCCCCACUUGAGGAGGGACCCCAAAUGAGUGCCAGAAAUUUGUUUCUACUUUAAAUAUUACGCCAUUAUCUUAUUUCAUGAUGUCGUACGUCAAAGUGCAGAGGCCCCUUAAGAGGUCAGGCUCCGGGCCCCCAAAUCCUUAGCUACGCCCAUGGAAUUAGCGGAAGUCUUUUGUGGCUAUUGUAUAACACUUAUACUGCGAAGACUUCACAAGUUAUUUUGUAGACUCCUUCAUUAUCACCAAGGAGUUUUCCAGGACACGAUGCCUUAAAUUCACUAGCCUCGUAGUUUAUUAAACCUAUUGGAGGCCGCCAUAGUCCUUUAGCCAACUCUCUGAAUUUCAUUUUGAUCGGGUUUAAGAUGUGUGUGCUUUAAAAUUAAGCAAAUGUUACUGGCUAUACGUUUAAUCAAUCAUAAAUGUUAAUGGAAAAAAAAAGAAAAAUGUAAAUGAUACACUUUUAUUUAAAUACACUAAAUUGAGGAACAUGUUUCCUUAAUAC